UGCCGGUGCUCACAGCAGCAAAACAGAGAGAGAUCUUCAAUUUUGCAAAUGGAAGCACUCAAUUGCAAGCUUGUUUUGAUCUGCGCGACGCUCAUAGCGGCGGCGGCGGCAAUAACCGUCGAUGCGAGUGGGGACCACCAGCAACACCAGAUCCUGGAGUGGAUACCCACCGGAUCGCCAUGCAAGGGCUCCGUAGCCGAGUGCUUAGCCGGGGAAGAGUUCGAGCUGGACUCCGAGAGCGGCCGGCGCAUAUUAGCUACCACAAGGUACAUCAGCUACGGCGCGCUGCAGAGAAACACCGUGCCUUGCUCCCGGCGCGGUGCUUCCUACUACAACUGCCAGCCCGGAGCUCAGGCCAACCCUUACAACCGUGGCUGCAGCCGUAUUACAAGGUGCAGGAGCUGAGCUCUAUUCUUCUUCUAAUUUU